GCCACUCCCAGAAGCAACCGAGGAAUCCUUGCUCCAGCUGGGCGGAAAGGCGCAGACGGCCCGUGUCGCCUACACGCUCACGCACCCUCCCUGCCUGGCCGCGCCCCUGCGACCAGGUGACCCAAUGAAUGAAGAAAAUGAAAGGCAUUAAGAAAACUCUUACAGAAGAAUAUUUAUACCUGGAUUUUUCUCACCAAACAGAAGGAUGCAUCUUUCCUCUUCAUACAUCAGUAACUUUAUUUUUGUUAUCAUACUGUGACUACAAAAUCCUUAAAGUUUGCUUGGUCCCCACCAAAGAAAGUAUAGAUAGUUCACUACUAAAAGAUGGACUCUCCCCGGAUAUUGAAAUACAGAUUAUUUCAAGGCAAGAACUUCCACCAAUAGUCCAGAAUUGCUGUUUACCUGUGGUAGUAGAACAACCAGACAAUUUUUGUAGAGCAGGACUUGCUGUUGUAUUAAGACACAUAAUCCAGAAAUCAUAUGAAGCAGACCCCUCAAAGAAGGAAAUUGUGGAACUUCUGGGUUUUAAAAAAACUUGCUUGAAAGCCUGUGCUGAAGUUAGUCAGUGGACCAGGCUAUGUGAACUCACCAUCCCUUUGGCUGUUGAGAAUUUCCUCAGAGUGUCUUCUGACCAGCCCCCUACUAUUCCUGUAGAAAUACUACAGCUAGAGAAAAAGCUUAGUGAGCCCGUUAGAGUGCAUAAUGAUGAUAAACUCCGUAGGCAGAAGCUGAAGCAACAGAAGGCUGCUGGAGUUGGGCCUCCCCUUGCUAAGGGAAAAGCAACGAGCAAGGUUCCUAUACAGGAAACAUCUGAAGUGUUGGAUUCUUCAUCUAAGAGUCUGGAACUACAAGUGGCAUUCUCAAAGCUCACAGUACAGGAAGAACCAGCUACUACCAACAGGGAGCCUUCUCACAUCAGAAAAGCAAAGGCCUCCGACCUUCCACCUCUGGAGCAUGUGUUUGCAGAAGGGCUUUACUUCACUUUGGCAGAUAUUGUGCUCUUGCCCUGUAUCCAUCUUUUUUUGGUAAUUAUAUGCAAGAAAUUUUCAGAGAAGCUGGUAGAAUUUCCACUGCUAGCCUCUUGGUACCAGAGGAUUCAGGAAGUGCCAAGAGUAAAAACAACAGCUGCUAGGUGUGGGAUCCAAUUUCUCCAUUUACCAGAAUUGUUGACUACCUCAAAUGAACAACAUCCAAACUUAAGUGAGGUCCCCGGUGUAGAGGAGCAAAAUGAUCCUUUAUUUUUAGGGGGACCAAGACCAACAAUGACCAAGUUAAUGGAAAAGGGCAUUGAAGUGAUGUUUUCUCCCCACCCUUGCCCUACUUGGACACUGGAUUGGGAUGUUCUUCCUGCAGCAGUGAGUCCAAAGGAAGGUAAAAUGUCCAGUGAUCGAGCUUUGAGGAAGCAGCAGCAAUUAAACAACCUUGUUUAUGUGGUGACAAAUCAGGCCAAACCUGGUGACAGAAUUGUGGAUUUCUGCAGUGGUGGGGGCCAUGUUGGAAUUGUCCUUGCUCAUAUGCUGCCAUUAUGCCAGGUUACAUUAAUAGAAAAUAAGGAAUUAUCAUUAAUUCGUGCUAAGAAGAGAAGUGAUGAACUAGGUUUAAGCAACAUUUGGUUCAUUCAAGCAAAUAUGGAGUAUUUUACAGGGAUGUUUAAUAUCGGGGUGGCGUUACAUGCUUGUGGAGUGGCAACAGACAUGGUGAUUGAGCACUGCAUCAAGACACGGGCGUCCUUCGUCACAUGUCCUUGCUGUUAUGGUUUCAUUCAGAACACCUCGAAGUUUAAUUUUCCAAAAAGUGAACAAUUCAAGAAAACUUUAUCAUACAAGGAACACAUGAUUCUGUGCAGAUUUGCAGAUCAGACAGCUGUCCAGCUUCCACCCCAGCGAAGGCUCAUAGGAAAACAGUGCAUGUACCUGGUGGAUCUGGAUCGAGCAAGAGCUGCGGAAGAACGUGGCUACUCUGUUCAAGUGAUAUCCAUGGAGCCAGAGAGCUGCUCUCCCAAAAAUAACAUGAUCGUGGGAGUUCCCAUUUAGGAUGAGAUAUUCACAUUUGAUGUUUUGCCAUCCAUCUUCAUGAUGAAAGCGCAGUAGCACUCAGGAGGUUCUUGACAUAAUUAGGAAACAGCAUUAGCCAUCUUGAAUCUAUUGUGCUCAGGAAGGAAAGCAACAGGAAAAUCUUGGAAGAAAGUCUGCCUGCAAAGCAUCACAAAUGCUCUUACAAUAUGUGGUUAAAGGACUGCUGAUUUUCAUAAUGACAAUCCCCUGAAGUAUCAGCUGCCAACAGAGUGAUACUGGAGGUUCUGUCACUGGAAUAACAAUUUCCUUCCUAGUUCACAAGUUUUUCUGA